CUGCCAUUUCUGGUGCGUGACGAUUAUGCUCCUCCGGCAUGUUCGGCAAUCAGUCAUAGGAUCAGUUUUUUGAGUUUAGGGAUUUCGGGGUGGGAUGGGCUUGGGUGGGGAGCUUUUCCUUGUUUUGUCACCAUUCCACUCUAUAUAAUUUGUUUUUAAUGUUAGCGUCGGUGAUCAGUUGAAGAUUCAGUAGAAGAGGACCGCUGAAGAGCCGCCAUGCCCGGCGGGCGGGGCCGCGGCUGGAGCUUUCCCCGCCACUGGAUCGGGGGCCACCGCCGAGGUGUGUCUCCCGGCCCCGUGGGUCCCGUGCCGGUGCUGAUCGUAUCGGCCCCCUCCUGGCACAGCACGGCCCCGGCGACGGGAACCUCGGUGAUCAUCCUGCCGGCUAUCCAGGGCAGCGCGGCGUCGGUGGUCGAUGACGCCGCGGACACGGGGCCCUCUCAGACGGUCGACCUCAGCAGCUCCCCGCAGUCCUCAUCGUCAGACUCGAUCGGGCCGGGACCGGGGCCGGAACCGGAGCCGCAGCAGCCGGAGCCGCAGCCGGACGGUCCGACAGAGCCGCUGCCGCCGCCCGCACCACCCGCCUGCCCGGAGACCCUGGACACCAAUUCGUUGGCUGCGCCGGCGCCGACCGACUCCGGCCGCGGCUCCCGUCUGUCGGUGAUCACCGUGUCAGCCCCCGUACAGUGUGUCUGCGCGUUCGUGGCCGCACGCGCCCGCCGCCACUGCGCAGAGUGUCGCCGCCGACGCUGCGAUUUUGCCGCCUCCAAGACAGUGGGCUACUGCGGCCUACCGACGCUCGUGGUGGCCUGGGGAGCGUUUUGGGUGCUGAUCAUACUCGCGCUGGGAGGGGUGCUGAACGUGUCAGCGCCGACCGGCGGCUGAGGGACGGACAGCUGGAGAUGUGUCAGCGACUCAGGUGGCCUGCUGCGAUGUCAGCGCUGACCGGCGAUUGAGGCAGUCCGCUGAGCGUGUCGGCAAGUCAGACUCAGGUGGCCUGCUGCGAUGUCAGCGCUGACCGGCGACUGAGGCAGUCUGCUGAGCGUGUCGGCAAGUCAGACUUCUGAUCGUUCAAGCGCUGACCGGCAUCGGAGACGGUAUGUCGAGAGCGUUGCUAGCAUCACAUGGGAACCGAUAGGUGCACCGAUAGGCAAUCGCGGGGCUCGGCCUCGCGAUCUAGUAGGCAGAAUGGUGCCGUUAGGCGUCUGGGCUGGUGUUUGGGAUAAGCUGUAAGAUUGUGGGCUGGUGCGCCCCUAGGAUCGGCACUCCAUAUUUGUCCAGCAUGGGGCUUAGGAACAGGCACGGCGCAGGACUUCUGGUAGCUGUGGAUGGGCAACAUUUUUAACCCCUUUUGUUUUCAUUUUGAGACUUUAAUAAGCAGGUACUGUGUCGGAUUCACAAUGAAUGACAAUGAAACGCA